AUGACUGGCUCAUGGUACGUGACAUCGUCUCUAGAGCCCGCAUUCCAGGCGCGUGUCCUCCAAACACUCGGGUUCCUGCGGCCGCACUUCAAAGACAUUACUGCGACGAUCAUUGCAUACUACAGUUUCUCACGAAUGAUCACCGCCAUGAUGUUCACGAAAAGACUACUCGUAAUGGCUGCGGUCGCUGCAGUCGCGCAGUCUGGACCCGCCACCACGAUCGUAUCGACUUCGCUGAGCGGAAACACUGUAACAGGCUCAGCAUCUCCAAUUGUACUUGGCCAGCCGUCUUACACUGGCACCUUCACUGUGACAACACCGACAACCAGCUGGGCCGCCCCUACAUUCUCCACAGCCGCUCCGGUGCCCACAUGCUCAGAUGGCAUGUGCACUAGCUCUCCGCAUCUCAAUGGCCAGACCUGCAUCGACGAAAGUGGCAUUACAUACGGCGUCCUUUGCAACAUGCUGAUGUAUGGAAUCGUAAUCGACAGCAGCGGCAAGAGGCUGCUUCUCGGACGUGAAGAUACCGUGGAGGAGAUGGGGACCGUCGUCGAUAAGAGGGAUUAUGCCGGGUCUUUUGCAAGCUGUGUUGACUUCUGCGAUAAUUACGGUGUCCCUUCCUUCUGUACGGGAGUGGCGUACGACAAUGGGUACUGCAUGUCUUAUGACGCCAUCACUGGGACAUAUCAGCACGAUGGCGGUAUUGCUGCUGUAAGGCAGGGUUGA